AUGCUGAAUGAAGCAAGACUAGUUGUCUGGAUGGUUUGGUUGGGGUGGGUGGCGGUGGGGAAGUGGAGUUUGGUUGUCUUGCACAAGUUAGUCGGACUUGCAAUGUCUCAUCGUAAAUUUUCGGCUCCACGACAUGGAUCGAUGGGUUUUACACCCAAGAAACGAUCGAAACGCCACCGUGGAAAAGUUAAGGCCUUUCCCAAGGAUGAUCCCUCGAAACCGAUUCAUUUGACUGCAUUUAUGGGUUUUAAGGCUGGGAUGACUCAUAUUGUCCGUGAGGUUGAUAAGCCAGGAUCAAAGGUUAAUAAAAAGGAAGUUGUCGAAGCGGUGACAGUUCUGGAAACACCUCCAAUGAUUAUCGUUGGUGUGGUGGGAUACAUCGAUACGCCGCGCGGUCCGCGACAAUUUAAGACAGUAUGGGCAGAGCAUUUGUCAGAAGAUUGUCGACGAAGGUUCUACAAAAAUUGGAAUUCAUCGAAGAAAAAGGCAUUUCAAAAGCAUGCGAAGAAAUGGCAAGAUGAGGAUGGUAUGAAGUCGAUACAAGCUGAUUUGGCCAAGAUGAAGAAAUAUUGUUCAAUAAUUCGUGUUAUUGCACACACACAGAUGAAAGUUAUGAAACAUCGGGAGAAAAAGGCCCACAUUAUGGAAAUACAAGUAAAUGGUGGUACAGUCCCCGAAAAAGUUGAUUGGGCUUAUGAACAUUUCGAAAAACAGGUGCCAGUGGACUCGGUAUUCGCCCAAGAUGAAAUGAUUGAUACCAUUGGUGUUACCAAGGGAAAAGGUUUCAAAGGUGUUACAAGUCGUUGGCAUACAAAAAAACUUCCACGAAAAACACAUAAGGGUCUUCGAAAAGUGGCGUGUAUUGGAGCUUGGCAUCCAUCUCGUGUACAGUUUACGGUUGCUCGUGCUGGUCAGAAAGGCUAUCAUCAUCGUACGGAAGUCAACAAGAAAAUCUAUCGGAUAGCAAAGUCUUGUCUAACCGAGGAAGGCAGAAGAAACGGUGGUACAGACUAUGAUAUUACGGAGAAGAGUAUUAAUCCUAUGGGAGGCUUCCCGCACUAUGGCUUAGUGAAUCAGGAUUUCGUCUUGAUUCGAGGUUGCUGUAUGGGUUCGAAAAAGAGGCCUAUCACACUACGGAAAUCAUUAAUUACGCAAACGAAACGUUUCGCUUAUGAAAAAAUCAACUUAAAAUGGAUCGACACGAGCUCCAAGUUUGGUCACGGGCGAUUCCAGACACAUGCUGAAAAGAAGGCAUUCAUGGGCAAGUUGAAAAAAGAUUUUGUCGCUGCUUAG